GGGCUUAAGCAGUUCCUGAAGGCACAAGUUACAUGAGGAAGUGGCUCAAGUGCCCAUGAUGUCCACUCCUGCCACCCUGCCUUUUCUUCCCCAGCCUACACCGAUGGCCUCGCAGGGAGUUUCCUAUGAUCAACUGACAGAGAAAGAGAAGACUAGGGCCUGGUUCAGAGAUGGCUCUGCACGAUAUGCAGGCACCACUCGAAAGUGGACAGCUGCAGUACUACAGCCCCUUUCUAGGACGUAUCUGAAGGACAGUGGUGAAGGGAAUCUUCCCAGUGGGCAGAACUUUGAGCAGUGCACGUGGUUGUGUACUUUGCUUGAAAGGAGAAAUGGCCAGAUGUGCGAUUAUAUACUGGUUUGGCUGGAUGGUCAGGUACUUGGAAGAAGCAUAUUUGGAAAAUUGGUGACAAAUAAAUUUGAGGAAGAGGUAUGUGGAUGGACCUCUCUGAGUAGUCAAAAACUGUGAAGAUAUUUGUAUCCCAUGCGAGUGCUCACUGAUGGGUGACCUUAGAAGAGGAGGAUUUUAAUAAUCAAGUGGAUAGGUUGAACUGUACUGUGGACACCACUCAGCCCGUUUCCAUAGCCACCUCUGUCAUCCCCCAAUGGGCCCAUGAACAAAGUGGCCAUGAUGGCAAGGAUGGAGGUAAUGCAUGAGCUCAGCAACAUGGACUUCCACUCACCAAGGCUAACCUGGCUAUGGCCACUACUGAGUGCCCAGUUUGUCAGCAGCAGAGACCAACACUGAGCCCUUGAUAUGGCACCAUUCUUUGGGGUGAUCAGCCAGCUACCUGGUGACAGGUUAAUAAUAUUGGACCUCUUCCAUCAUGGAAAGGGCAGGGGUUUGUCCUCACUGGAAUGGACACUUACUCUGGAUAUGGGUUUGCCUAUCCUGUAGGCAAUGCUUCUGCCAAGACUACCAUCUGUGGACUCAUGGAAUGCCUUAUCCACCAUCAUGGUAUUUCACACAGCAUUGCCUCUGACCAAGGCACUCACUUUAUGGCCAAAGAAGUGUGGCAGUGGGCUCAUGCUCAUGGAAUUCACUUGUCUUACCAUAUUGCCCAUUGUCCUGAUGCAGCUGGAUUGUUAGAACGAUGGAAUGGCCUUUUGAACUCACAAUUACAAUGUGAACCAGGUGACAAUACUUUGCAGGGCUGGGGAAAAGUUAUCCAGAAGGCCAUGUUUGCUCUGAAUCAGCGUCCAAUAUAUGGUACUGUUUCUUCUAUAGCCAAGAUUCAGGGGUCUACGAAUCAAGGAGUGAAAGUGGAAGUGACACCACUUAUCAUCAUCCCUAGUGAUCUAGCAAAAAUUUUGCUUCCUGUUCUUGUGACAUUAUGUUCUGUUGGCCUAGAGGUCUUAGUUCUAGAGGGAGAAACACUGCUGCCAGAAAAUGCAACAAUGAUUCCAUUAAACUGGAUGUUAAGAUUGCCACCUGGACACUUUUGGCUUCUCCUAUCUUUAAGUCAACAGGCUCAGAAGGGAGUUACAGUGUUGACUGGAGUGAUUGACCCAGACUAUCAGGAUGAAAUCAGUCUACUGCUCUGCAAUGGAGGUAAGGAAGAGUAUAAAGGGAAUAUAGGAGAUCCAUUAGGGUGUCUCUUAGUAUUACCAUGCCCUGUGAUUAAGGUCAAUGGGAAACUACAGCAGCCCAAUCCAGGCAGGACUACAAAUGGCCCGGAUCGUUCAGGAUUGAAGGUUUGGGUCACUCCAGCAGGAAAAAAAACACGACCCGCUGAGACACUUGCUGAAGGCAAAGGGUAGUAGAAUGGGUAGUAGAAGAAGGUAGUUAUCAAUACCAGCUACAACCAUGUGACCAGUUGUAGAAAUGAGGACUGUAAUUGCCAUGAGUAUUUCUUCCUCCUUUCGUUAAAAACAUGUUUGUGCAUGUAUACACUUGAACUAAGAAAAUAUCUUCAUUUAAUUUCCUUUUC